AUGCCAACACUCGACAACUCCACUUGCAAUAUUGAGAGAAAAAGUGAACAUUUAGAAUUGUUGAAAGCAAAUGAUUUGAUAAUAUGGGAUGAAGCACGAAUGUCUCAUAAAAACUGUUUUGAGGCUUUGGAUAAAACCCUUAAAGACGUCAUGAGCGAUCAGGGUCUUGAGAAUACAAUAUUUGGUGGCAAACUUGUUGUUUUUGGAGGAGGUUUUAGACAAAUUCUUCCUGUUGUUCCAAGAGGAGGCCACUCUGAUAUAGCCCAUGCUUCAUUUAGUUCAUCAUAUAUAUGGGACUAUUGUCAAGUACUUAAUCUAACAAAAAUAUAUGCAACUUCAACAAGGUUCAGGAAAUACAAGUUCUUCAGAACUAGCCGAAUUCUCAUAAUGGAUUUUAAAUGUGGGAGAUAG